CACGUCGGCGCGCGGCGGCCGCGCCCCCUCCCGGCGACCGCAGUUGCUGCCUCCGUGCGCGGCCCCGCCGCCCCCCACGCGCGCCUCCCUCGCAGCCCGGCGCUGAAGCUCGCGCGCGCCUCCCUCGCGGCUCGCGAGCCCGCCGUGGUCGCCGUCGCCGUCGCAGCCCCUCGAACGCGCGGUCGCAUCAUGUCUUCGCCUCCCGAGGGGAAGCUAGAGACGAAAGCCGGACAUCCGCCCGCCGUGAAAGCUGGCGGAAUGCGCAUCGUGCAGAAGCACCCGCAUUCGGGAGACACCAAAGAAGAGAAAGACAAGGACGACCAGGGAUGGGAGAGUCCCAGCCCGCCCAAACCGACCGUGUUCAUCUCCGGUGUGAUCGCCCGGGGCGACAAAGACUUCCCGCCGGCGGCCGCCCAGGUGGCUCACCAGAAGCCCCACGCCUCCAUGGACAAGCACCCCUCCCCGAGAACCCAGCACAUCCAGCAGCCUCGCAAGUGAACGGCGAGGCCCCAGCGCCCCCACCAGCAGUGCCUCGAUAUCCCGACCUUUGGUAUUUCCCCGGCAGAGACAAUUGGCGUUUUCUUCAACCCGCUGCUCCCCUGGGAAAUCUAAGACAAAGUGAAGCGCCCCCGUCCUUUGCCUUAAAUUUCCGUGUCUGACACUAGAAAGGAUCUGACCCCAAACCUCAUUUGCAGGGAGUCCUGGUUGAUGUCGUUUGAGGGUCAGCGUGCCCCUGUAUGUGCCUUUAGCAGAACUUGCCGAGACCUAAGUGAAGUGUUCAAAGCCCAGCUUUACUUGUACGUCAGCGGUCGUCGAGGGCGCAGAUUUGGGAGGACGAGAUUAAGGCUGGAGGGAAAGUGGACCAUUUCAUGCUUUUUAGUAACAGGACAACGCGUCUUAACACCUAGGGGACACGUUUCAGAAUCACAGGGGCGCGUUUCAGAAAGGCAGGGCAAGGCAGGCUUUUGAAAGUGGCACUAGCGUUACUGAAUUCUCCUUCCCGUGUGACAGGGGGUCGCUGUAGGGGGACACCAGGUACUCCUGGGAAAAGCCAAAGAGAAGCUCCCGUCUUUGAAAUGGCUUUUGAAUCCCAGGAGCCACCUUCUGGAGAAGGAGAUCGUAGACAGUCUGUGCAAAGGGAACAGCUCCAGAAUGAGAUCUCCGUGUGCGUCCCAAACCCGGCACGGGCCCGAUCCAGACCGCCUCCAGCGGGGCAAUCAGGCAAACCUGCGUUUCUCGUAAUCCCCUCUAGAGCCGCUUUUGAGUUCUAGAAGUGACCACCGACCGGUGGAGGAGUAGACGUAAAGCUGGUUCUGGAACACCAAAGCAAGAGCGUUGUGGAAAGAGCAGAUGAAACUCUGCCUAGAAGAAGUUAGAAACACCGUGUUCCACGUGAGCUAGAAAACACCUGUCAAUCCCACUGCCCUGAGUUUCUUCUGCCCGCGUGCGGUUUGCCGGGCCCGUUCACCUGCGCGAGCCGGACGGUCCUACUCUUGCAGCGUGUCCUUCCUGCCCGGAGCGGCCCUGGACGGCUCUUGGGCUCACGGCAGUCGAGUGCUUUAUUGUUCCGAAAAGCCAAAGGGCCGGUCCACUCGGAUGCUGUGCCGUCCGGGCCCUGACCGGCCACCGCCGACGGCCGUGUUUGCCGGAGGCCAGCGCCGCCGGCCGCCCGAUGUCCUUACCAAAGCCGCACCUGCCAGCUGGGCACCGUGACCUCAUCA